AUGCAUCUGCCUCUGGGUCCGAGACUCUUACCGCACCGCAUUUCGGUGCGGUCGUCACACAGCACUGCCCAUCCCCUCUUCCCGCCAAGACCAACUCAGAAAACAUACAAGAGAAUAUGGUACUUGCGCAGAGGCAUGGUCAACCAUCUAGGUCUUGUUGAACUGGACAAGAAACAGAGGCCAGGCAUCGUAUACAAUCCUCAAACAUAUAGCUUUAAGUUGACAGGCAAGGCCAAGUCUGUCCGUUCUGAAGCCGGGGCUGUGAGGGACCUUCUCACACAGCGGUGGCACACCUUCGACACUCCUCACCUCAAUAAUGACACCCAUCACCUCUUCGUCUACGAGUAUCAGUCCCGCUCUUUCAGCGAGGCCCGCAACCGCACGCAACCUCUGCGGGACCCGCGCAUGCGACAAAUAAAUGAUAUUAAGGCAUACCUCCGCAAGAUAUGCUUUACCUGGUCGAAGCGCACUUUUAACAUGAUCGGCUCUCCCGUUCUCGACCUGGGUAGUCUGCCUCCAACAACACCUGGUGGCCGAGGGUCUCAAUAUCCCAGCACAGCCCUCGAUCCGGCCGACACGCGCGUCUACGUCGAACUACUGAAAUCCAACUUGUCUUUGGUCUGGGUCGCCAUUAACGCGGAAUGGUCACACUAUGAACAGACUGUAAAUAAGCUCAUCCGCGCCAGGUGGAGUUCUCACCCGGAGACAUCCGCGGCAUCGUCAUCUCUGCCCACGCCAGACAACGACCUUUUCUCCGCCGUCAUAGCCUGUUUUUGCGACAUGUUUGGGCCCGCAGCAACCAGGGAGGAAGGCAGUCCUGCCGAGACGCUGUGGCGGCAUAUCCCAGAGAAGGGGAAGUUCUCGGUCGUAUUUGCCUUUCGUGAUCAGUACGUUUUCUUCACCUGGGUCGGCGGUAGAGACGGUGAACUGGUUGCGCAUCAUUCUGGCAACUGGAUUCCGACCAAGGACCCAGUGCUUCGCGUCUGGAGGAGAGCUUGCAAGCCCGACAAACGUCCAUGUCAGUCGAGUUCCCGAUUCGUGAGAGUCCGUUAUGAGUUCGACGGGCCUGAUGCCGAAGGGACAUUAGUUAAAGCGAUGACGGUCUAG